AAAUUUCAUAUUCGUAGGUCUUGCGAAAAUUCAGUUAGUCCAGUUUGAAAGUAGCCAUAUUCAAGAUCAGUCGCAUUUUAGCCAAGACCGCGGUUAUAAAGAUGAACCUUAAUUAUCAAUUUAUUGUAUUUAUUGUUAUUCUCUGUCAGUUUUUUAGUGCAAGUAUAAGUCAUAUAAGUCAAUCACAACUGGAAGCUUCUUGUGAUGUGCACUUGUUACUAGAAAGAUAUUAUGGUUAUACAGAUUUCUUCGAAGUUAAUAUGAAAAACAAUUUGAAAAAAGACAACGAACGAUUACAUUUGGAAUUAUAUGUAAUGGCUUCAAAAGAUGUGAACAUAUUGUUUUCAUCAAAUAAUAAUUAUGAUGGUCCUCAUUAUGAAAUUGUUCUUGGUAAUGAGCAUAAUUGUCUAUCGAGGAUUCGUGUUAGACGAAAUCGUAUUGAAGUAGUCGUAGAAAAUUGGAUUCCCAAUAUGUUAUCACCGUUUAGACCAACAUUAGUUGAAAUCAUUCAAAGAAAUGAUGGUAAACUAAUUGUCAAUGUACCUGGUUAUGCAGAACCUCUUAUGACAUAUUUGGAUGAAAAUCCCAUACAAAUAAAUUAUUUUGGCUUUUCUACUUGGGAUAAAUUGCAAGCUAAAUAUUUUUACAACUGUCAAUUCGAUGAAAAUUCAAAAAUGGAAAGCCAGAAAAACAAUGAAGAACAAUUAGCUAUUUCAAAGAUACUGCCCACAGAUUCUAAUACGAAACAGGCGAUGGAUUUUUGUUGGUCUGGAUUCUUAAACAGGCAUACAUCAUUUUUUCAUGACCUAGUUCCAACAUUGGACAAAUUUGAUGACAAUCAAGUGAUAGAGUUUCAACAAGAAGUUAUUGAAGCAGUGAAAAAAAUCAAGAAAAGACCUACUACAGAAAAAUCGAUUAAGCUGAUUGAUGUACGUUCUGGAUGGUGAAUAAUAUUAAAUUUG